UUUUUUCUUCUCUCAUUUACAGUUUUUUCUUUUUGUGUUUUUGUUUUCUUGUCUUCUUCCAAAACUCUCACACAGAGUUUUGUGAGCUAUUUUUUUUGUUGGAGAUGUAGAUCUUGAGGUUAGAUGACAAUCGGCUUCGUUUACAGAAAUCCUUCAAAUUUCUCUUUCUGUUUUUUUAUUCAUCUGGACAAUUCCAAGAAACUGAAAUAUGUAAAUUUGGUUUGUUUUAUUAACUAAAGUUUCGAUUUCCCAUCUAAAUUUCUCACCUCUGAGACUUGAAAACCGAAGGAGAAAAUUGGUGGAAUAAAAAAAUGGUUCUUUCUUCCUUCUUUACCUGUAUGGAGAAGGAAGAGGGGAACCAGAGAGCUUGUAAAUUAUCGUUACCAAUGGAGCCGGAAUUUUUUUUGCGGUGGGGAAACAAGAAGAGGCUAAGAUGUGUGAGGGUGAAGGACCCACAAAAGCUUUCGCAAAAAUCAAAUGGCGUAAUUCGCAGGAGAAUCACAAGAAUCGACCGAUGUUUGGUAACUGCGUCAGACAAAGAAACCACAAGCCGUCUCACUAGGAGUUCUGAGGCUGCAAUACUCCGUUCGGGUGCAAACGAGAAUCGAAAAUCAUCGUCACCUGAGAAGGAAGAUAGAUACUACACAACAAGAGGAUCAGUGGGCGGUGAUGAGAAUGGCAAAGUUCCAGUAGAUGCUAACAAUGGACAAGACAACAACAAAUUGGUUGUUUGGCCAAAGCUAUAUAUUACUUUGUCAAACAAAGAAAAAGAAGAGGAUUUCCUAGCUAUGAAAGGGUGUAAGCCUCCUCAAAGACCUAAAAAGAGAGCUAAGAUAAUCCAAAGAAGCUUACUUUUGGUGAGUCCUGGUGCUUGGUUGACUGAUAUGUGCCAAGAGAGGUAUGAAGUAAGGGAGAAGAAGAGCUCAAAGAAGAGACCAAGAGGAUUGAAGGCCAUGGGGAGUGUGGAAAGUGAUUCAGAAUGAGGAAGAAGGUUUUAUAUAAGUUAAAGCAGCAGCAGUGCCACUUUGCUCUGAUUGAAAAUUUUGGAAAAUUGUAUUGUGAUUUGAGUGAGUUGGGUUUAGAUUUAUAUUAGAGAAUGGAAGAGAUGGGAAAAACAACACUCUCUGCUGGGUUUGCUGUAUAGAAGUAACAUUUAAUUUUUAUCAAUGAAAUAUAUAUAUAUUUUUCUCUCA